AUGGCUCCUUUCUGGACUGCGCUGUGGGCGCUUACCCUCGGCCACGCUGUGAUCGCCGCGCCGCCACAGGUCGCCUUGGCUCCUCGCGCCACCAAUGUCGAUAGCUGGCUGGCAUCAGAGACCGCUGUCGCGCGGCAGGGUAUCCUGAAUAAUAUUGGAUCGGCUGGCGCGUAUUCGGCGAGUGCUAAGCCUGGUGUUGUGAUCGCCAGUCCGAGUACCUCGGACCCCAACUAUUACUAUACUUGGACUCGUGACUCAGCGCUGGUGUUCAAGACUUUGAUUGAUAUGUUCAAGAAUGGCGACACUGCCUUGCUUGAGGUGAUCGAAGAGUACAUCAGUGCGCAGGCCUACAUUCAGACAGUCUCCAACCCAUCUGGAGGCCUUUCCGGUGGCGGCGGACUGGGAGAGCCUAAGUUCAACGUCGAUGAGACUGCCUUUACUGGGUCGUGGGGUCGUCCUCAGCGCGAUGGACCUGCUCUGCGAGCGACUGCACUGAUCUCCUUUGGUGAAUGGCUUAUUGAUAACGGAUAUACUACCUACGCGACCAACAUUGUCUGGCCUAUUGUACGCAACGAUCUCUCAUAUGUGGCCCAGUACUGGAACCAGACUGGAUAUGACCUGUGGGAGGAAGUCUCUGGAUCUUCAUUCUUCACUAUUGCAGCACAGCACCGCGCUUUGGUUGAGGGUAGCAGCUUCGCGAGUAAAGUGGGCUCCUCCUGCUCGUACUGCGACUCCCAGGCACCCCAGGUCCUAUGCUUCCUGCAGUCAUUCUGGACUGGAUCUUACACGCUAGCAAACUUUGGUGGCGGUCGCACUGGCAAGGAUGCCAAUACAAUCCUUGGUAGCAUUCACACUUUUGACCCAGAGGCUGGCUGCGAUGAUACUACUUUCCAGCCCUGCUCCGCACGAGCUCUCGCCAACCACAAGGCUGUGACAGAUUCUUUCCGCUCAAUCUACACGGUCAACUCGGGCAAGGCUGCUGGUGUUGCUGUUUCUGUUGGCCGAUAUGCUGAGGACUCGUACUACAACGGAAAUCCUUGGUACCUGUGCACAUUGGCUGCUGCUGAGCAGCUGUAUGAUGCGCUCUACACCUGGAACAAGAUUGGUUCUUUGACCAUUACUAGUGUCUCGCUGAGCUUCUUCCAGGACAUUUACAGUUCCGCUGCUACCGGUACUUAUGCUUCCUCUAGCAGUACCUAUGCUUCUAUUGUGAGCGCCGUGAAGACAUAUGCCGAUGGAUACGUUAGCAUCGUGGAAACCUACGCCAUGUCAAACGGUUCCCUGGCUGAGCAAUUCUCGAGGUCCGAUGGAUCACCGCUCUCUGCCCGUGACCUGACUUGGUCCUAUGCAGCUUUGUUGACUGCCAAUGAGCGCCGUAACGCCGUGGUUCCGGCCCCCUGGGGUGAGACUUCUGCUAGCAGUGUGCCUUCUCAAUGCAGCUCAACUUCCGCUAUUGGUACCUUCAGCACUGCGACCAACACCGCCUGGCCUACCACCCUGACCAGUGGAUCGGGCUCUGGUACCACGACAGCCACUGGCACUACCACUACGGCGACCACUACAACUACAAAGACUACAUCAACUACCACAGCUUGCACUGUCCCUACUGCCGUGGCCGUUACAUUUGAUGUGAUUGCGACUACCGUCUAUGGUGAGAACGUCAAGCUUGCAGGAUCCAUUUCUCAACUUGGAAGCUGGAGUACAAGCAGUGCUAUUGCGCUGAGCGCUUCGAGCUAUACCAGUAGCAAUCAUCUUUGGUUUGUUACUGCGACUCUGCCCGCAGGAACUACCUUCUCCUACAAGUAUAUUCGUGUUGAGAGCGAUGGCAGCAUCCAGUGGGAGAGUGACCCCAACCGGUCCUACACAGUGCCAGCAGUCUGCGGUACUACAUCGGUCACUAUUAGUGAUACCUGGAGGUGA